AUGUUAAAAAAAUGCAGAGCAAUAGUAGGGCAUUAUAAGCAUAGUGGCUUUGCUACAGGUAAAUUAAGAGAUUUACAAUCACAAAUGAACCUACCUCUAUUAAAAGUAAAGCAAGAUGUCUCUACAAGGUGGAACUCUAGUUUGACAAUGAUAGAAAGACUUUUAACAAUUAAAAUUCCGCUAACCGCUUCAAUGUCGUCCCUUCCUCGUGAUCCGGAUUGUCUAAACGCAUCAGAGUGGGAAAUAAUAUCUGAUUGCGUUAACAUUUUAAAGCCAUUUGAAAAUAUUACAUCAGAAUUAUCAGGAGAAAAUUACCCGACGCUAUCAUUAGUUAUACCGUUGAUUCGAGGUCUUCAAUAUAUGUUAAAAAACUUAAUAACAGAAACUACUAUAGGAAACGAAUUUAAAAAUAAAUUAAUUGAUGUAGUAGUUAGACGUUUGGACCAUUUAGAAAAAGAUAAAAUAGUUGCGAAAUCAACAUUUUUAGACCCACGACUAAAAAAAACAGGCUUUGGAUUAAAAGAAAAUGCUGAUAAUGCGCAUAAAUGGGUCUGUAAGGAAUUAACUAGUAUAAUACGUGCUAAAAAUGACAACAAUGAAAUAACAGAAUCAGAUACUACAGAACCUACUUCGAGUACUAAUAUUUCCGCUAAUACUUAUUCUGUAUGGAAACAUUUUGACGAUAAAAUUGCACAAGUCAAAAUUACGUCAAAUCCAAAUGCUACUGCUUCUAUAAUGAUACGUCAGUACUUAGAAAUUCCACCUUUAAAUAGGAAAAAAAAUCCUUUAGAAUUUUGA